ACUGCAAGGACAUAUCAAUCCACCCACGUUUCAUCGAUCUUACGCAGAUCACUUAACAAUCCAGUAGCAAGACAUCCUUGCUUCUGAAGCUUCAUGGCGAUGGGGUCUUUCCUGAUCCCUCUAUCCCUGCUGGUUCUCGCCGCGAGCUCGGCCGUGGCCCAGCUGGAGAUCGGAUACUACCGCAAGUCAUGCCCGGACGUGGAGGCUAUAGUCCGCGAGGAGAUGGUGAAGAUCAUCUCCGCCGCGCCCAGCCUCGCCGGCCCGCUCCUCCGGCUUCAUUUCCACGACUGCUUCGUCAGGGGCUGUGACGCGUCUGUGCUGCUGGACUCCACCAAGGGCAAGCUGGCAGAGAGGGACGCCAAGCCCAACAAGAGCCUGCGGGGAUUCGGCUCCGUGGAACGGGUGAAGGCCAAGCUCGAGGCCGCAUGCCCUGGCAUCGUCUCCUGCGCCGACGUGCUCACGCUCAUGGCACGCGACGCCGUCGUCCUGGCCAAGGGGCCCUCCUGGCCCGUGGCGCUUGGCAGGAGAGACGGCAGCAUCUCCAGUGCCACCGAGGCGAGCGACGAGCUGCCUCCUUCCUUCGGCGACGUCCCUCUGCUCACCCGGAUCUUCGCCUCCAAGGGUCUCGGCCUCAAGGACCUCGUCGUCCUCUCCGGCGCGCACACGCUCGGCACGGCGCACUGCCCGUCGUUCGCCGACCGGCUCUACAACACCACCGGCAACGGCCUCGUCGACCCGUCGCUGGACAGCGAGUACGCCGACAAGCUGAGGCUGAAGUGCAAGAGCGUCGACGACAAGAGCAUGCUGUCGGAGAUGGAUCCCGGCAGCUACAGGACCUUCGACACCAGCUACUACCGCCACGUCGCCAAGCGCAGGGGCCUCUUCCGCUCCGACGCCGCGCUCCUCACUGACGCCACCACCGAGGAAUACGUCCGGCGCGUCGCUACCGGCAAAUUCGACGACGCGUUCUUCAGGGAUUUCAGCGAGUCCAUGAUCAAGAUGGGCAACGUCGGCGUGCUUACCGGCGGUGACGGAGGCAUAAGGAAGAAAUGCUACGUCCUCAACUAGAGAAGCAAAUAGCGGAUUAACGCCGUGGAACAAGUGUUUGUUGAGAAUUGGAAACCAGAUGGUGUAUCUUAAUUUGUCUAUUGUUA